AUGGGGUGGAUCCGGGAUUGGAUCAAGGUGUCGUCUCAGGAGAGCUUUCGCGUCAAGACCAAACUCAACUCGGAGGAAGCAGGACGACGAUUCAAGAAAAUCCAACAAAACUUCACACCGUCAAAGGAGCGCAUAAUGGAGGUCUGCAAAGAAGAAAUGGACACGAGGCUGGAAGGGGUGUGCUCUGCUACGGAAAUGGAGAUAUCGCUCAGCGUCCAGCUCUUGAAUGAGCACUAUGUCGGCGAGAGGGAAUACCUGGGAAGCGCGGUAUUGACAUUUGAAGGGAUUGUGUCAAAGACCAAGGAUCUUUUGUUACGAGUUGAGCUGGCGCGACAGACUGGACAAAGGCUUCCUUAUGGCUUUGGUCUCCGUGCACAAGGGCUUGCCGACCAACUCAGAUAUGGAUGCCGACUGUUGAUCGAUAUGCGCAGGAGAGUCGAACAAGAGAGCCGCAUGGCGGUCGAGGGAACUGAAAACGAGCGCUGGACUGGCUGGACUGGUUGGGCACGUCUUUGGGGGAGAGGCACGAGGUCACCGGCGAUGGAGGAGCAUCAUGAGAGGGAGCACCUGUUCACCGGACUUGGAUGGCGGAAACGACAAGGCUGUCGGUGCCUUGACUAUCGUUGA